CCAGCGAGUAUCCAGUUAUCAAGAAGACCACACAUCAACAUCUUCCUCCCAAAGUUGCUCUCCAGAUGCUCUUUCCUUAUUGAAAAUGGAGAUUGCAUCUCUUGUGUAUGAAGACUUAAUUGAUAUUGAAAAAAGUCACUGUGAACAUCUUAAGAAAAAAGUUAAGAAAAUGAAAAAAGAAGGCAAUGCAUUAGAAAAGGAGCUAGCCGAAGCAAAAGAAGUGAACUCGCAGUUAGAGUGUCAAAACAUGAAAUUGGAACGUGACCUCUGCUUGUUCAGAUUUGCUUUCACACAAGAAGGAGAAAGAAGCCUUGCUGAGAAGUUCUUUGAGAAAAAUAUGGAGAAUUUGCAAAGAACACAAGAGCAACAUACUAAAGAAGUUGAAACGAAACUACGACCGGAAAUGCCAGUUAGAAGUCUACACAUGCAAUCGAUUGUAAAAACUCAGUUGAAUACGGUUCUCGGUAGUCAGGAAGAAAAACAAGAUCUGUUACAUACCAACAAAAUGUUGCAGGAUGAAUUUGCCACAGGAACAUGGGAGACCGAUACCAUGAAAAUUCCGAACCAGGGAAAGGAAAAGAAAGGAAAAGAGAGACUGGAAGAAGACCUUGAAUCCUCCUGUGCUAGACUGACUACCCCUGUACCCGAUCACGACCAGAGUCGGACAUCAAGAAGAGACGUAGAACUUGAUGUCCAGAAGGCAAGGAAUGAGAAAUAUUGUUCCCAGGUCAAAGUGAAAUCUGAACUGUCUAGUCUGAAAGAUAAAAAUGAAAUUCUUUCUCAGCAACUUGCUCAGGUUGAACUCAAAUUCAGUACCCUAGAAAUUGAGUUACAGCACACCAAAGAUGCUCUCAGAGAAAAGACUUUAGUUUUAGAACGUGUCCAAAGAGACCUAAGUCAAAGAGAGUGUCAGAAGAAGGAACUUGAACACAUGUUACAGAAUGAGCAAAGUAAAGUGGAUAAGUAUAUUGGAAACCAAGAAUCCUUAAAGGAGAGGAUAUCUCAACUUGAGAGUGUAAAUAUGUUGCUUCGACAGCAAUUACAGGAUGCCUAUUGCAACAAAGCCAAAGAGAAGGAAGAGGUGGUAAUUAUGAUCCUAAACCACUAUCAAGAUAUCAUUACAAAACUACAAGGUGAAAGUGAAAAACAAGGUCAAAGAAAUAAAGAGUUAAUUGAUGAAUGUAAGCAUUUAAGGGAACGAAUGUAUCAGUAUGAACAUCAGAAAGCAGAAAGAGAAGUAAGUAUGCAGAAAGAUAAGGAAAAACACAAUAUACUUGUGUUUUUUAAUCUUCUCAGGGCUAACGAGGAUCUGGAAAAGAGCAAACUCCAACUUCUGCUUGAGAAACAGCAGCAUAGAACUUACCUCACCCCGCUUAAUGUGAGGUCAGCGCUGGAACCACCGGAUGUUGGAAAUCUUCGAAAUACUUGGGUGCUCCACGGAAAUUUUACUGUAAGCGAAAACUUAAUGACUCCUACGAGAAAUCAACGGUCUUCAUUUGACACGUACUUGACCAUGGUAGAGAAGGAGUUCCAUAAAGUCCUAAAUAGAGAAUUUGAAAAAGCUGCUGUAGAAACUGCAGCAGAAUGCCGUAGACUUUUACCUUUACACUCUGCUGGCAAUCCAGUUCGAACUGAGGAUCUCAUCGCCAAAGCUACUAAAGAAUAUGUAGAGAUCUUGAACAAGAAAUACAUGAUCUAAACGCUAAAUAAUAAAAAUGUAUUUCCUUGAUGAUUGCA